AUGCCUGACUCCACCUCCAAAAAGCCCCCUUCGAGCCCGCCCACCACAGACUCCGCAAGCGCAGGUACAAGCGGGGGACGCACCCUCCCACGGCCGCCCGCGCUCGCGCUCCCUACGCUGAUCGACCUCCGAUCCAAACGUGUAAUCCUCGCCUCCAGCUCCCCACGCAGGCACCAGAUCCUUUCCUACCUCGGGUUACCCAACGUUGAAAUAAUCCCGUCGUCCUUCGCCGAGGACCUGCCCAAAACCCUCUCCCCGCUCGAAUACUGCCUAGAGACCGCCGUCAGGAAAGCACAGGCGGUCUACCGGCAGGAGAUCGACAAUGAGGAAAAGGGCGAGCCCGCCCUGAUCCUCGCCGCGGAUACCAUCGUCGUAAACCCCACGGCCUCCGGCGGCGCGCAGAUAUUGGAGAAGCCCCGCUCCGAGGCGCAGCAUAUUGCCAUGUUGAAGGCGCUGCGCGAUGCGGGCGACCAUACGGUCUACACGGCCAUGGCGGCGAUGGUGCCGUUGAAGAGUGCGCGGGAUCCUGGGUAUGCGCUGGAAACGACGGUGGAGGGGUCAAUUGUACGGUUCGAUUCGACGGUGACGGAUGAGCUGAUCUUGGCGUAUGUGCGGACGAGGGAGGGGGUGGAUAAGGCGGGCGGGUAUGGGGUGCAGGGGCUUGGGUCGAUUCUGGUGGAGAGGAUUGAGGGGAGUUAUGAUAAUGUUAUUGGAUUGCCGUUGCGGGCUACCUUGAAGUUGAUUGAGAAGGUUAUGAUGAUUGCGGAUGACGAGGAGCUGCUAGAUGGGGAGGCUGCGGAGGUGGAUCGGGAGGAAAUGGAGUGA